AUGAUGGAGGAGCCUUUGCUAGCGAUUUGCCGGACAAGCUUGGAGCUGCCUGAACGGAGUAACGAAGUCAGGUGGAAUUUAUGGAGUCCGAAGGACCGCUCAUGGCUGGAGGAGCUCAAGGAGCUCUGGCAGGAUGCCGUCUCUCGUCUUGAGAGCACGCCGCCACAAAAUAUGAUUCCACGUCGGAUACAUCAGAUCUGGUUGGGCCCUCGCCGGUGGCCAGAGCCCUGCGAGCGCUUUGCAGGGGAAUGGAAGGCCCGACACCCGACAUGGGAGUACCGCCUCUGGACGGACGAUGAUGCCGGGGAGGAGCUGAGAGGUCACCCUGGCCUCGCCAAGGCCUAUGAGGCAGCUGACAAUCCCGCAGAGAAGAGCGACAUUCUCCGUUUGGCCAUCAUUCUUCGCCAUGGUGGUUUGUACGUCGACGUGGACUUCGAGUGCUUGAAGCCUUUGGAUGUUCUGCACAGCCGAGCCUCUUUCUACUGCGGUCUCUCGAACGUGGGCGCAGUCGAGGUGAACAACGGCCUGUUCGCUGCGACCGCGGGGCAUCCGCUGGUUUCCUACCUCUGCGAUCAUCUGGGAAAACCCUGGCCUGAGUGGGGACAGGACGAUGUUGACCCCAAAGAAGCUGUCGCCUAUCAGAUCCAGAGGUCAGGAAUGCUGGAGAUGCCAUCUCUGCAGGCUGGUGGCCAGGCCGCGUUUCUUGCCACCACCGGACCGGGAUUCUUCACCCGUGGCCUUGUCAAGGGCUUGCGCUUGCUCAGAGGUCAGAGAGACCUGGGGCCUAUGUUGGUUUGCCCACCGGAGGUUUUCUAUCCUUUGCCCAACACGGAGCGGGGAGUGUCUGAUGCGGAGUUUAGGAUGCCGUCCUCGCUGGCGGUGCAUCAUUGGUUCAGGACUUGGAACGAAGCUGAGAGAACGGAAGCGGAAGAGAGCACCGCGGUGCUGAACAAAAAACGGAUUGUUGCUUAUUGUACACGGGCUGCAGCCGCACUUAGUGUCCCGUGCGAGCUUGAGCGCCAGAUCGGGGCAAUGAUGGCCAGCCGUGGCGGAGGAUUCCUCGCCUUCCUGAAUCGCUCCCGGCAAAGGUACGAGGAGGCUAUGCGGGAGGCCGAAGCCGAGAAGGUGGAGGCUUGCGCAUCUCCCUUCGAGUGGGCGUGCGAAGAGACCUCCCCAACCGAGCUGCCCCUUCCUGACAGCACGGAAGAAGCCUCGGACAGGAGCGAGGUGGCAGAAGCUCUGCAGGACCUGCCCGAGGAUGGUUGCGAGGCGGAAGAAGAGCUUCGACUGCCAUCCGCAGACCCAUCGUCCCAUGAGGUGGAGGACAACGCCAGAGCAACGGUGGAAGAUCCGCCGGAGAACGUGCAGGAUGGUUGCGAGGCGGAAGAAGAGCUUCGACUGCCAUCCGCAGACCCACCGUCCCAUGAGGUGGAGGACAACGCCAGAGCAACGGUGGAAGAUCCGCCGGAGAACGUGCAGGAUUCCGAGAUUGAGGUCCUUGGACCGGCAUUGGCCGAUCCCGAGCGCUUCGACGAGGAGGACUCCGUUGAGGCCGAUGGCGACGGCGGUGGCGUGGAGCCAGAGGAUGUGAAGGCGCACUUGGCAAAGCCUCGGCGGCGAAAGCGCCUUGCAACGCAACUCUUUGCGGUGCCCGGUCGCAGACGGAGGAUGCUGGCGGAGUCCUGGCCCAAGGACUCCCAUGCCGUGAAUGCCAAGGUCGAGCUGCAUCAGGGACUGAAGCAGGAGGUUCCGAUCAAGAGGGAGGCUGUAAAGCGCGAGCUGGCUGGUUUUCCUUCCGAUCCAAGCAGUGCGGAUGACAUGCCUGGGGGUGCGCUGCUGAAGCGACGCAGACGAGGAGGUGCCGGUGCAGAGAGAUCGCAGGCUGACGCAGUCGGCGACAGGACUCCAGAAAAUGCAGGCCGCAUGAUGCAAGGGCUGCCACAUGCUGACCUGCUCCGCUUGGCCGGCCAGCUGGAGCACCGCUACCUGGGCGCCUCCGAGUGGCAGUCUGUGCCAGUGGUUGUACACGCGGAUCGUUCUGCCUCCAACUCGAGUGCUCAGAAUCCCCUCGAAGCCAUGGAGGAUGAUUACGCGCAUCCUUAUGAGGACUCCAUCGAGAAGUUUACCACCUAUGAAGACUACCUAGACAGCCAAAUCACACCUCAGGACCGUUUUUACCUCGAGGAAGACGAGCUUGCUCGACAGCUCGUUGAGAUAGGAUGCAGGAAAGGGGAGGUGUUGACCAGGGAGGACUUCGCUGCAAGGCGGGAGGCGGCUGAGAACGCCAAGAAGGCGCGUCUGCAGAGCGCGCCGAAGGUCCUGGCAAGUGCGCAGAAAAAGCUGACGGACUUCCCAGUUCUUCGACACCUUGCAUGUCGAGAGGAAUUGGUGCGCAGCGGCAAGCUCAGCACCAUCAUCUUCAUCCGCGAUAAAAAUCAUCGUGGACAGGAGAUCUCUGGAUACAUAGACUACGGCCACCGUCUCAAGACUGAGAACUUCGAGCCGUACUUCGAGCGGAAGAAGCGGCUCCUGCCGAAGUCGUCUGACUUGUCCUUCUACAACUGGGACACGCAGCACUCGACCUCGAACGAGAGUCCCAACUUCCAGAUCCUGCCGGACCACGAGCAGGGCCUACUCUUCAAGAACAAGCGCGACCGCAAGGUGCUCAGCGUCGACCCCAGGUCCGAGCCUGGUGACAACUCCAAACGCCUGGAGGUGCCGACCACCGAGUACAUCCAAGUGGUGAUCUUCGAUCAUAUGACGCGUAAGAAAAGCUGA